AUGGAUCGAGCAGAGGUGAUUGGGAUUGGUAUUCGUCUGAUUUCUGUUGCGGCUUUGUCUUACUUCACAGUUAAAUACCUUGUAAAGUAUUUGGAUCCUAAUCACUCCACUGUCGAGGAAAAUAAAAAGAAGGUUUUUCGCAAAAGAUUCGAAUAAAAAGUACACCACUGUAGGUCGCUCAAAUAUUUGCUGACCUUGGGCUAAAUCGAGCAAUCGAGUUGAACGAGCAUGAAAUACGUAUAGCUACACAGUUCGUUGGUGGUGAGGAUGUCGGGGCUGAUUGGGAUGACAUCGGUUAGUUUUUCAAGUCUUAAAGCGGUUUAGUCAUUAGAGAUUGUAUCGCGUUUAAUAAAAAAAAAAUUUGGUUGCCUAAAAAAUUUUACUGUUGUUUCGAAUGUUUAAAAAAAAACCGAGAGUAAUCGAAUCGGUUAGAAUUCAUUAUUCAGAGAUAUAUACUCUUCCAAUUUGAUAUUAAAUAUUGCUGUAAAUAAAAAUUAAUUAGUUAAUUAAUUCUUAUUAACUUCCGCGCACUUUCCCAUCAACUUAUUCAUUGAUAUUCGUGAACCCUUUUCAGUCUAAGCAAUUUUUUUUGAGAUCGAAGAAAAUUAAUGAGUAAUCUCUUUUAGGAGGGUUCAGUGACUUGAUUUCUGAGCUGAAAGACCGAGUUAUAUUGCCACUACAGUUCGCCACACAGUCCACAAGUUCGCUUUUGUCGCCUCCGAAAGGAAUUCUCUUGUACGGUCCUCCGGGUUGUGGAAAAACGUUGCUCGCCAAGGCAGUCGCUCGAGCCGCCGGAUGCAGGUUAAAAGGAAAAUAAUUUUUGGAAGGGAAUUAUCAUUUCAUGACCAAGCGAAGUGAAAAUUUUUUACUGUGAAUAGGAGACUAAAACUUUUUUCAUGAGGUUUUUAUCUGAAAGUCAAAGUGCAAUUCGGAAAAAUCGGAAAAAAAGGUUUCGUUUUUUCAGAUUUAUAAACCUUCAAGUAUCAAAUCUCACUGAUAAAUGGUACGGAGAAUCGCAGAAGUUGGCGGCGGCCGUCUUCUCAGUCGCUCAGAAAUUUCAGCCCACGAUUAUUUUCAUCGACGAGAUCGGUUCGUUGUUCAGUUAGUAUAAAGACAAUAUUCAAUGUAGUUGACUUUCAAGAAAUGUGAUUAGGAGAAUAUGAGAAAAAAAUAUAAUUAAUUUUCAUCUGAAAAAUGCAUGAGUUUGGGCUUUACUAUCUUUUUUCUUUUAUUAUGAACUUUUCGUAGAAAAAAGUAAGCAUUCUUUAGAUUUGUUCCCUAAUUUCUUACAAAAAGGAAGGAAAAAGUUUUGUGCUCAUAAUUUCGAGCGUGAUGCAAGCUUAAAUGGUCGAUAUUUUCGUAGUCAAGAUUUCUAUUUCGUCUUUUUCGGUAUCAAAAUAGGAAUUUUUUAUAGUGCAAACUUGAGCAGGCGAUGUUGAACUUUGAAUGGCUUGAAACAGUUUGUUUGGUUCUAAUGGUUCUACAGCCGGCUAAAAGUUUAUUAGCUUCAAUACUUUCUGAUGCAUUUCAAGUUAUCGUUUCGUGCCAAACUGUUCAACCUGCUAAAAAAAAAGCUUGAUCUUAGGACGAUAUUUUACUUACACAAAGCUCUUUUUUAAGAUUCAUUUUUGCGCGACCGACAAUCGCAUGACCACGAAGCGACUGCCAUGAUGAAAGCUCAAUUUAUGACUCUGUGGGAUGGAUUUGCCAGUACUGGCGAUCAGGUUUUUUACAUGGAUGGCUUCGCAUAGAGAAACGAAUUCCUCCAGAUAAUAGUAAUGGGCGCCACAAAUCGGCCGAAAGACGUCGACGCGGCCAUUUUGAGGCGAAUGUCUGCAAGAUUUUGCGUUCCCGUGCCGACAGAAAAACAAAGAAGAGAUAUUCUGCAGGUUUUCAUAACGGUUUUAAAGCGAAUAAAAACUUUUGAAAGGUUAUUCUGCGCUCUGAAACACUUUCGGAAGAACUAGAUCUUCAAGAAAUCGCCAAAUGUACCGGAGGCUUGGCUGGCUCUGAUCUAAAGGAGGUUUGUUGAUUUUUUUUUUUCUAACUUUUAAAACAAAGCAAAAUGAAAAUAAUGGAUCUCUCUUUUUCUUAAAGUUCGAUCGUGAUUUCGCUAUGUUCAGAGAUUUCGUUUUCUAAGCUUAGAUUUUUCUGUUACUUAUCCUGUUUUAGUGUGAAGUUCAUACAUAAAAACUCGAGAAAAGGUAUUUUUAUCUGAACCAAUGAAUAUUCAAAACCUGUGAGAAAUAGAGAAAAAAGUUUUGCGCGGAAUAUUCCAACACCGAGUUCGAAUAAGAACCAAAUCGGGAACUGUUUUCUGAGACCACGCUUUUCUCUAAUGAAAACUAACUCCUUGGCUUUAGAAACGUUGAUCAAUUGAAGGUGUGUCGUUUGGCGAUGUUGUCACGAGCCAAAGAGACGAUUUCCGCCGGCGGGACUCUCUCUGAAAUCGAGCCUCUCCUUCAACGAGAUCUGCUCGACGCCGUCCAGAAGUACAUGCGAGGCCACAGUCUAUUAACUCACGACGACGCCCUCGAUUGA